UUUGGGUGUAAUAAAUAAAUCAAGAUGGCGGGUUAUCCAGGAGGGUAUGGACGAGGAUAUGGGCCACCACCGGCACAGUCUGGAUAUCAAUAUAUUGGACAACCAGGUUAUGGAGGAGCUCCUGCAGGUUACCACCCUCAACAAAGUUAUCCCUCAGCUCCAGGCUAUGGAGGUGCCCCUCCUGGAACUGAUCCUACAUUAUGGAACUGGUUCAUUACCGUAGAUGCUGAUAGAUCAGGACAAAUCUCCAGUAAUGAACUGCAGCAAGCAUUGACUAAUGGAAAUUGGUCACACUUCAAUCCAGAAACCUGCCGAUUGAUGAUUAGCAUGUUUGACAGGGAUCAGUCUGGUACCAUCAAUUUCCAGGAAUUCCAGCAACUGUGGACCUACAUCCAGCAGUGGAAGGGAGUGUUURAUAGAUAUGACCGGGAUAGAUCUGGCCAGAUAGAAAGUCAUGAGCUUCAUACUGCACUAGUGGAUAUGGGCUUCAACUUAUCUGUCUCCUUUAUACAGCUUGUCAUCUCAAGGUUUGAUGUCCAAGCUCGUAGAAGUCUUAAGUUUGAUAAUUUUAUUCAGUGCUGUGUCAUGCUUAGGCUAUUGACAGAUGCCUUUAAGGCACGAGACACAAGCAUGAGUGGCAGCAUUACAGUAAGCUAUAAUGACUUCAUGGAGAUGGUCCUCCUUAACAAACCUUGAAUUUCAUGCUACAUGUAAACUACUAAUGUGAAGGAAAAAUGUUUUGUUA